CUUGAACACCAUAAAGGGGGCGGGAUAAGAGGCGUUCUCAUUUUUCAUGUUUAUUUUUGUCCUCCAUCGCAGUUCCUCAGUCUAAUCGAUUUGAAAAAGUAAUUUAAACGGUUCUUUACAUAAAUCUGGCAGCCUUUAUAAAUACAGCAGAUCUCCGCUGCCGCACUCAUUUAACCUAAACGCAGGCCAAUGGUAUAUCUCCAACAUGAAUUCACCAGACGCGAAGGAUCUAGGAAGAGUGCUGUGCAUUAUCACCGGGGCGUCCAGAGGAUUUGGCAGAACCGUAGCGAAGGAGAUUUCCCUGUUGUUCAAACCGAGGUCGGUGCUUGUUUUGGCGGCUCGCUCCGGGGAGAAAUUGCGGGAACUCCAGGAAGAUUUGGCCUCGUCGGAUGCGGACAGGGCAGGGUUGGUAACUCGUUGUGUUGUCGCAGACCUGGGGAUAAAAGAAGGGGUGGAAAGUGUCAUCAGGGCGGCGAAAGAGAUUUCCUCCAAGGAUAUGGACCAUCUCAUACUGAUUAACAAUGCUGGUAAAUUAUUCAUCCACCUGUAAAUGGGUCUACUAGCUAUGACUAUUAGCAAACAGAAAAAGUGUUCAGUUACAGAUUUUCAAAUUAGGUCUCAUGAUUUUAACAUCUUUAGAUACUCAUAUUUAUUUAAUCAAAUCUAGUAUUGUAUUUGAUUGUGCUCAUCAAAUCUACCAAAAGUUACAAUAUAGUCGGAAUAUAUAGCCUAGUCCAUACACUGACAAUUAUGUAAAUGUUCAGAUAGGAGGUAUUGUGAAUUUGAGAGCAGAGUUUAGGAGCCAUUUCAAAAUGUGUUUUUGAAAGCGUAUUCUAUGAAAAUAAUACAAUUCAAACAUUGUAUUAUCUGACAUCUCCCCAUUCCUCCAGCCUCUCUGGGAGACGUUUCGCGCUACGCCAAGAGCUUCACCAACAUGGCGGAGGUGGAUUCCUACCUGUCACUCAAUGUCAGCUCCGCCCUCAGUCUGACGGCCGGCCUGCUGCAGGUGUUCCCACCGCGACAGGGGCUGCGGCGCUGCGUAGUCAACGUGAGCUCGCUGUGCGCCCUGCAGCCAUUUCCCUCCUGGGUGCUGUACUGCACGGGCAAGGCGGCCCGAGACAUGAUGUUCCGCGUGCUGGCAGAGGAGGAGCCUGACCUCCGAGUACUCAACUAUGCCCCAGGUAGCUUUAGGCUUUAAACCCCUGAUAAAUAAAACAGUAACCCCCAGGCACACACUCCUGAACUGACCUUCAUUCCAGUUAUAAAAAAAGCAACAAAAAAAGCAUUUGAAAUGAACUUGGUCAUCAUUCAUGUGUCUGUCAACAGCCAUUCAACCUUAGCCUGGCUGACAAGACCCAUGUGACUCACAGCGCAGGGUGAGCUGUGACCACACUGGUCUGGAAAGGAGGCCAUUUGUUAAUGUAGUAUGUGCUCAGAAAUUGUGCAACAUGUUUGAUUGGUUCCCUGAAAUGUAUUUUUUCCCCUCUAGUUGUUUGGAUUAGAAAAUCCUACCUUUGUAAUGGAAGGAGGCUGUGUGCUUGUGGGUGUUCAACCAGUAAAAGCACUUUGAGAGUUUGGUGUUAGCCAGACUAAUUCAACCUGGCAUUGGAGAUUAAAUUAAGCCCCAGGUCGUUAGACUACUGAUUUUGAAAUGGAGCACUGAAUGGACUUAUUAUGGAGAUAUUUGACCUAUGAACCUAGCUAUGUUACAGUCAGGCCUGGGGUCAAUUCCAUUUCAGAUGUUGUCAUUUCAGUUCAGCUGAAAUUGACCCUUGAAAUGGAUCAUCAUGUACUCUGCACAUUCUAACGAUAUUGCCAUUUUUGUCCUUUCUAUCAUGACCAUCCAGUGACUCGUGACCAACCUAGAUCCCUCUGUGUUUCUCUAGGUCCCCUGGACACAGACAUGCAGUUGGAGGCCAGGGACAGCACGGCAGACCCUGGCGUGAGGAAGUCCUUCUCAGCCAUGCUCUCCCAGGGUCAGCUGCUCACCUGUGAAGACUCCUGUGCUAAGCUGAUGAAGGUGCUGCUGGAGGAUGACUACCCCUCCGGAGCACACCUUGACUUCUAUGACCUGUAGAGAGGGGAACUAGAAGACACUGUGGGGCUCAGACUGAAGAUGAAUAUUCAUGGUGUAGGUACAAUUGUAUAGCCAGAACAACUGAUACUGGGUCAGAUUAGUUAGCUUCGAAGAUGGUUUUGGGUUAAUAAGAUCUGAUUCUAAACCUGUUUUCGUGGGGGUAAAGAUUGAGUGGACCUUUUACCGAAUCAGAAGGAAACAUGGAGAGAAGGAAGGAUAAAGCUGUUUCCGUCAUCCAAAGCCAUAGGCCUACUGUAGUUACUGAGUUCGGCAAACUAUCCUGAGUCCAUGUUGGCGCCUAACAUUCCAUCCCAUGACAGUACUGUUCUAAUUUGCCUUCUAACUAGAAUUGCCUUGGAACUUUUGGUACCAAAAUAGCAUCUAUUAAAGUUCUUUAUCUCAAACUAAGUUUGCUGAACUCUAAACUGUGUGUCUUUAGAUCUGCCAUUUCCGAGUUGUUACAGUGGUGCUGAUAUGCUCGCGUUUGUACAAAAUGACACUAAGCCUAACACAAAACCAAUCAAGUAAAGACCGCAACUUAUUGGUGAUUUAACGUUUAUUAUUUCUUGUUCCUUAUAUGAUCAUGAGUCUAUACUUGAAUGGUGCUUUUAUGCAUUACCUCUGCUUAUAUGUAGAUCUGUUGUACUAUGUAGAUGUACCAUUCAAAAUCAUUCCAAUGUGAGACAAAAUGUACUGCUGUUAAAGCAAUUAUUUUAUCCUAUGCUGUUUAUCUUCCUGUCAGCACUUUCAUUAAACCCUUUGCUUUUUAAGAGUUGUAGCACUCUACUUGUGGCAUUUCAUGGAGGUAUUCCAUAUAUUUAUCAGUGUUGUGGUGAAAUCCUGCAAGGAGCGUUCACCGUGCGCUGCCACUUUAAGAGCGCACCAGCUAUCAGGAAGGAAGAAGUAAAUGUCUCGUCUGUCUGUGUGUGAGAGCUCUCGGUUGGCGCGACAGACAAACCAACGGGUGUAUCGGACAGACAAGUGCAACUGCAAGCCGGACGUUAACAGCUAAGACAAUCUCUCUCUCUCUCUCUCUCUCUCUCUCUACACUGGAGCUGACAUUUUGUGUUCAGUGCGGUUGGGAACUGUAAAUGCACUGUUAUUUACAUUUUCGUUAAAGGGAGUGUGUGUUUGAGUACUGUAUAUUGCUUAUUAAAAAAAUGUAUUCUCUUGGAACUGUGUGUAUUGAUUUGUGUAUUGUCCUAACAUACUUUGGGGACAUUUAAAGGCCUUUUUUGUAUUGAACCACACAUACACACACCCAUUAAUGUAACCAACUCCCUUUUCACUAUGUGUAAGGAAUACAGAUACACUACAUGGCCAAAAGUAUGUGGACACCCCUUCAAAUGAGUGCAUUCGGCUAUUUCAGCCACACCUGUUGCUGACAGGUGUAUAAAAUCGAGCACACUGCUAUGCAAUCUCCAUAGACAAACAUUGGCAGCAGAAUGGCCCGUACUGAAGAGCUCAGUGACUUUCAACGUGGCACCGUCAUAGGAUGCCACCUUUCCAACAAGUCAGUUCAUAACAUUUCUGCCCUGCUAGAGCUGCCCCGGUCAACUGUAAGUGCUGUUAUUGUGAAGUGGAAACCUCUAAGAGCAACAAUGGCUCAGCUGCGAAGUGGUAGCCCACACAAGCUCACAGAACGUGACCGCUGAAGUGCGUAGCACGUAAAAAUCGUCUGUCCCCGGUUGCAACGCUCACUACCGAAUUCCAAACUGUCUCUGGAAGCAACGUCACCACAAGAACUGUUCGUCUGGAGCUUAAAAAAAUGGGUUUCCAUGGCUGAGCAAGCCUAAGGUCACCAUGUGCAAUGCCAAGCAUCGGCUGGAGUGGUGUAACGCUCGCCACCAUUAGGACUCUGGCGCAGAGGAAAUUCGUUCUCUGGAGUGAUUAAUCAUGCUUCGUCAUCUGGCAGUCCGAUGGACGAAUCUGGGAUUGGUGGAGGCCAGGAGAACGCUGUAGCUCAGCUGGUAGAGCACGGCGCUUGUAAUGCCAGGGUAGUGGGUUCGAUCCCCGGGACCACCCAUACACAAAAAAAAUGACUGCAAGUAUGACUGUAAGUCGCUUUGGAUAAAAGCGUCUGCUAAAUGGCAAAUUAUUAUUAUUAUUACUUACCCGAAUGCAUAGUGCCAACUGUAAAGUUUGGUGGAGGAGGAAUAAUGGUCUGGGGCUGUUUGUCAUGUUUCGGGCCCCUUAGUUCCAGUGAAGGGAAAUCAAAAUUCUACAGCACACAAUGACAUUCUAGAUGAUUCUGUGCUUCCAACUUUGUGGCAACAGUUUGGGGAAGGACCUUUCCUGUUUCAGCAUGACAAUGCCCCCGUGCACAAAGCGAGGUCAGUGUGGAAGAACUUGACUGGCCUGCACAGAGCCCUGAUCUCAACCCCAUCGAACACCUUUGGGAUGAAUAGGAACGCCGACUGUGAGCCAGGCCUAAUCGCCCAACAUCAGUGCCCGACCUCACUAAUGCUCUUGUGGCUGAAUGGAAGCAAGUCCCCGCAGCAAUGUUCCAACAUCUAGUGGAAAGCCUUCCUAGAAGAGUGGAGGCUGUUAUAUCAGCAAAGGGGGGACCAACUCCAUAUUAAUGCCCGUGAUUUUGAAAUGAGAUGUUCAACGAGCAGGUCUCCACAUACUUUUGGCCAUGUAGUGUAUUUGCAAAACUUGGUUCUUAGUCUGGUGCUUCAGACGCAAUUUCAUAGAGUUGUUCUAAUCAUUACUAUUGCAUGAGGUAUUAUUGGUUGGGUUACCCCUGUGCUGUGACUUGUGGUUAUGCGGUGUGUCUUAUCCUUUCUCUCCACUGCCAAUCAGGCUACACUCUAGGCAGUUUUUUCUGAUGGUGUGGGUGUCUGGUAGCGGUACUCUCUCUCUCCUACUCUUUUCAUUUCGGCAGGGUAAAUACCUGCCUGGAGCCCAAACAAAAAUCUGUAUCUUUACCCCUCUCUAACAAUACCCGUACAGUGUUAUAUUUGCAAAUCUAUUCUGUAUGUUUAUAUGCAGAACUCUAUGUACUCGCUUUGAUGAUAUUUUACUAAUUUCUUCCGAGUGUAUGUGACUUGUGUACUCGAUUUAUCUCAAAUAAUUAUACAAAUCAAAUACUUUUGGUUGCUCUAUCAAUGCACUAUACUGUAACUGUAUAGUUGAAAAUCAUAUGAAAUAAGAGUAUCAUUCCUGCAGUUUAUUUUUAUGUGGAAACUAAUAUUAUACUUGUUUGACUGCUUACAUUACAGUAUUCACAGUUACUCUGCUGUUAUGAAUUCAAAUGCUUCUAUUCACAGAUGGUGUUGCAUAGUUUCCUACUCAGCUGAUCAGUGUUUCGUUUCUGCAGCACCAGACCAGUCAGACCUUUGAGUACAACAGGACAAAUAGGGUAAAUGCUCUGAGCCACUGUCUCUGCAGUCUCUCCCAUCUUCACCUUCCAAAGAACAUCUGCCAGGAGCUACAUGUGACACACACACACAAAUCCUUUCCUCCUCACUUCCUCCUCUCCUCCCCUGCUUUUCUUACUUCUAUUCCCCCUCACCCCUUGCCUCUCUCCCACACUCCUACUGUAAACAGUCUGUCUUCACAAGGCUGUGUAAUCCCAGAAGCAUCCUCGCUUCAUUUAGGUGGUGUUCUUUCCGAGUAUUAAUCACCCUGUGAAGUCAAAGGGAAAAUAUGACCCAUGCAGCCUAUAUUCAAAAUGUUUCCGAUAUUCAAAAUUGAUUUCUAUGUCAUUGUCAAAUCAUGACUUUCAAUUAGGUUUUAUUGUUUGUUAUUAAAUAGGGCUAUCCUAUACAACUACAAAUAACAACACAAUGUAUUUAAUUGCACUUGACCAUUCUUCAUAUAUGACAGUUUUGCUGUCCUUGAGAUGUAUAUCUUUUGACAAAAGGGAAGAAGGGACACUGGAUGAGAGGAAGGUGUGAACAGCCAAUGUAAAUGAGCCAGAGACAGAAAGCAGAGAAGAGAAAAAGAACUGCAUGGUGACUUGUGCAGACUGUGGUAAUGACAGAUACUGUAGCUAGAGUGAGAACAAAAGCAACAGAGAGAAGUGUUUGAUCAGGCCUCUUCCCAGUCAGUUGCCUCCUACCUCCCCAGACAGAGACAGACAGACACAGCUGCCAGACCAAAAUACCCCUGGGGCCUGGCCUGAACCAACCCCAAAGAAGGGGAGGACAUCCAGGCAGACCUGUACAACUAUUCCCCCUAUGGAGUAAGCCUUCCCAGCACUUCCACUCCCAAACCCCUAGACUCCCACAUACACCCCCCCACCCCCCCUCUCCUCUCCCCGCCCUGAGAUGGUACAGUCCCACAGUCCCAGGAAGGCCAGUCUAUUUUUGGAGGGCGGGGUCGGGCUGAGGAGAAGGGCAGGUGCUGAACGUUUUUGAAGAGCACUCCAGCCAGCACUACUCCUUCUCCCUCUCUGUUUACCUCUAUCUGUGAGGUGUUCCAGUCUUCUGUUAACUUGGUAAUGACCCUGGAUAUGGACAACGUAGAAGUUUUUGAUGCUGGGGAGAAGGGCAGGGGUCUCAGGACCACCAAAGACCUCUGGGCUGGGGAGGUAGUGUUCGCUGAGCCCAGCUUCGCUGCAGUGGUCUUCGACAGGUAGGGCCCAAUGCAUGGAGAUUUGGGUCAUAAUGACAAAAUCUCUGUGGCAUGCACACAUCCAUUAUUUCUCAGUAAGAAAGCAAAAUUGAAUACACAAAGGAUACCUACAUGGUUCCUGUAUCAAUGCAUAUCCUUAACAGUUUGAGAUUGUGGUUCUAUUUAUAAAAAAAAUACAUCCAUUAUGCUAUGUCUUUGACGGGUAGGGCCUGAUACAUGGUUUGCAUCAUGGUGGCCAUGUAUAGUAUUGCUAUCUCAUAGUGGCAUGAGCAUAUGCGUUAUUCCUUAGGUGCUGGGUUAAAAAGGUUACCUGCUGUUCAAGUAUUAAUGUAAUCAAUUUAAUAUCUGUUUAAUAUUACAAUCAAACAAAAGAUUCUUGAAAUAAAUUGUAGUUCAGUUUGUCCAAAACUCCACAUCUUGUUGCUUGCAAAUGGGUUUGUCUUGCAGAUACAGUCAUGUUGUCACACUUUCAGUGAUGUGCCACUCAUAUACAGCAGAGUGAUGUCACACUGUGUGUCCUUUGCCACCAAGACUGCAAAAUUCAUGCUAUUCAUGAUUCAGCAUUAUUCUUCCCAAAGUGUACUUCCAAGAAUUGUGGCUUUUCACACAGAAAAACAUCAGCAUUAGAGCGGAUUGUUCAGCUUAUCGUGUUGACUUGUAUGAUUUGAGAGGUCCUCAGCAUUGGGUUCAAUUUUGGGUAUAGUGUAGUAGGUGCCCAAGCUUUGUGCAUCAGCAUGGAGCUAGUAUAAAGGACGUCACACUGCUUGCUUAGCAAGUACCACUUCCUCCCGAUUCGGCCCACACCUGACGCAAACUCGGAUCCUCUGCCUUGCUAGCACACGUGACUGCCCUCCUGAAGCGUCUUACCAGUCAGCGCCAUGCGAAACGCUAGCUAUUUGCUGGUACAAGUCGGAACACUUCAGGCCGAGGAGUAAAUUUCACACAUCCCCAUAAAAAUAAUCCAAUGUUUUUACCAGGCAGGAUUCACUCACUGUCAAGGUUCUGUGUGGCUUUGGCGUCGUUAGGGGUGGGCUUCUGGGACUGAAGCCCCAAAUGUUUUUGGUCCAGCCCCAAAUCUUUUGUUGGUCGAAUAGCAGGCUGUAAAAAAAGAUUGCCUGAUGAUCUUCCUUCUGCUUUCCUGAAAUUUCCAAAACUUGUCUGAUGCAUUUCAAUCACUUGAAGGCAUACUUACAGUGAGGGAAAAAAGUAUUUGAUCCCCUGUUGAUUUUGUACGUUUGCCCACUGACAAAGAAAUUAUCAGUCUAUAAUUUUAAUGGUAGGUUUAUUUGAACAGCGAGAGACAGAAUAACAACAACAAAAUCUAGAAAAACGCAUGUCAAAAAUGUUAUAAAUUGAUUUGCAUUUUAAUGAGGGAAAUAAGUAUUUGACCCCAUCUCAAUCAGAAAGAUUUCUGGCUCCCAGGUGUCUUUUAUACAGGUAACGAGCUGAGAUUAGGAGCACACUUUUAAAGGGAGUGCUCCUAAUCUCAGCUUGUUACCUGUAUAAAAUACACUUGUCCACAGAAGCAAUCAAUCAGAUUCUAAACUCUCCACCAUGGCCAAGACCAAAGAGCACUCCAAGGAUGUCAGGGACAAGAUUGUAGACCUACACAAGGCUGGAAUGAGCUACAAGACCAUUGCCAAGCAGCUUGGUGAGAAGGUGACAACAGUUGGUGCGAUUAUUCGCAAAUGGAAGAAACACAAAAGAACUGUCAAUCUCCCUCAGCCUGGGGCUCCAUGCAAGAUCUCACCUCGUGGAGUUGCACUGAUCAUGAGAACGGUGAGGAAUCAGCCCAGAACUACACGGGAGGAUCUUGUCAAUGAUCUCAAGGCAGCUGGGACCAUAGUCACCAAGAAAACAAUUGGUAACGCACUACGCCGUGAAGGACUUAAAUCCUGCAGCGCCCGCAAGGUCCCCCUGCUCAAGAAAGCACAUAUACAGGCAAGUCUGAAGUUUGCCAAUGAACAUCUGAAUGAUUCAGAGGAGAACUGGGUGAAAGUGUUGUGGUCAGAUGAGACCAAAAUCGAGCUCUUUGGCAUCAACUCAACUCGCCGUGUUUGGAGGAGGAGGAAUGCUGCCUAUGACCCAAAGAACACCAUCCCCACCGUCAAACAUGGAGGUGGAAACAUUAUGCUUUGGGGGUGUUUUUCUGCUAAGGGGACAGGACAACUUCACCGCAUCAAAGGGACGAUGGAAGGGGCCAUGUACCGUCAAAUCUUGGGUGAGAACCUCCUUCCCUCAGGCAUUGAAAAUGGGUCGUGGAUGGGUAUUCCAGCAUGACAAUGACCCAAAACACACGGCCAAGGCAACAAAGGAGUGGCUCAAGAAGAAGCACAUUAAGGUCCUGGAGUGGCCUAGCCAGUCUCCAGACCUUAAUCCCAUAGAAAAUCUGUGAAGGGAGCUGAAGGUUCGAGUUGCCAAACGUCAGCCUCGAAACCUUAAUGACUUGGAGAAGAUCUGCAAAGAGGAGUGGGACAAAAUCCCUCCUGAGCAGGGGCGGUGUGUUCAAUAGGGCGAUAUGGGCGACGCACUGCCAAACGGGAAAAGGAAGGGAUUUUCUUUCUAAUCAAUAAUAUCACGGCAACAGUAGUUAUCAGUGUUGUAAUCUAGACGUCUGAUCUGCCACAGUGCCACUAAAUGUCCAAUCAGGCUAAAGUCGUGCUUCAAAUGGCCCCCCCCCUUUUGGGGCGAUUUCAGUCAGGUUGAAAAUCGCCCAGAAGUCUGUCAUAGACUCCCAUGUAAAAUCUAUUUUUUUCAAAUAUCAGAGCUUUCAAUACAAUCUCUAUGGGUUUCUGAGGGCUUGCACUUACGCGCUUUCGUCAUACGUAACAUAACCAUGAACGUAACUAAGAAAAGAGCGGGUAGCAGCAUCAAUCAAUUCACUACUACUAUCAAAAUGGCUAGGCUUCAGUGCAACUCGAUUGUGUCUUUGAAAGAAGUUCCUUUUUGUCGGCGAACAAAUGAAGAUAAAUUGGCAACGAAACAAUUAGGACCUCCCAGACCAAAUUUAAUAAUUCAACAGGUUUCUACUAAAGGGGGGAAGUCCUACACCCGAGGAUUUUCCAAAAAUUGGUACGAACGAAAAACCUGGCUAGCAGGCUGCGAUGUAGCUAAUGCAGUCUUCUGCUACCCCCUGCUUACUCUUUCACCCUGAAGGCGGCACGGCAGACAGCACCGCUUGGACAGCGACUGGUGUGUAACGGACAUGCACCAUCUUUCAGGAAAGAUUAAGAAACAUGAGCUGUCAAAGACCCACAUGGAUAGCUGUUUGAGAUUGUCUGCUUUGGGGAGAGUGAACAUUCCCACUCAACUGGAUGAGGGAUACAGGCUAGCUGUCCGCCGCCACAACGAUGAGGUUAGUGUUGAUAAUCACAAGUUUACUGGAGAACUGAAACUGACAAGGCUGACAAGAUAGGACCCUUUUGUCCAUUGUUAUUGGAUAGGAACAGAACUUAUAACCAGCUCCUGACCUAAAUAGAUCUUAGCACAACAUUUUACUCAACAUAUCAUAUUCCAUAUUCACUAUAACAAAUAUAUUUACUACGACAUUAGCAAGAACCGCCACAUCCUCAGCCGGCUAAUCCAGUGUGUGAAGUUUUGCGGAGUGUUUGAGUUAGCUUUGCGAGGCAAAGAUGAAACUGAGGGCUCCACCAACCCUGGUAAGCCAACACUUUUGAGAUCAGUCAAUAAAUGCUUCUGGUAUUGACUUAUAUGCUGCCCCUGUCUUCAUGUUGUUGCUGGACAUAUCUUUUUUAAAAUGUGUGUAGGUCACCUAAAUCAUCAGACAAAUUGCCCCCCCUGAGAAUUUUUUCAGGAGCCGCCACUGCUCCUGAGAUAUGUGCAAACCUGGUGGCCAACUACAAGAAAUGUCUGACCUCUGUGAUUGCCAACAAGGGUUUUGUCACCAAGUCAUGUUUUGCAGAGGGGUCAAAUACUUAUUUCCCUCAUUAAAAUGCAAAUCAAUGUAUAACAUUUUUGACAUGUGUUUUUCUGGAUUUUGUGUUGUUGUUAUUCUGUCUCUCACUGUUCAAAUAAACCUACAAUUAAAAUUAUAGACUGAUCAUGUCUUUGUCAGUGGGAAAACAUACAAAAUCAGCAGGGGAUCAAAUACUUUUUUCCCUCACUGUAAUUCAGAUUUAAAUUUGGCAUUACCUGAUUUGACAUCUCUUUGUGUUAUUUAUAAGGACAGAUUCAAAGGCAUCAUAAAAUAAUUUUGACAGAUUUGUUUCAGAUACACCUAGGGUCCUAAAAUAGAAAAUAAAAUAAUGUGAUGGUCCAUGAUAUCCCUAUUUUAAAACAAAUGUGUUAAUAUUGCAGUAAAUAUAGUACAGAAAUGCAUGUAUUCAGUAGAAUGCACUGUACUUUGACAUUGUAAAGGUCUGCCACAUCUCUCCUUUGAAAGUGAACUGAGUCAUUGGAUUAUUAUGAUGAUAUACAUUUUUUAAAGCAGUUUGGCUCAUUGGACAGGUCAGAGUCUAUGUUUGAAGGUGUUGAGUGGUAUGGAGGUUUUUGGCAAUGCGCUGUAGAUGUCCGUGUUCCAGAGCAGACUCUCUGCUGUGGCAGGUGGGAAGGUGCAAGUUAACUGAAUGUCUUGUAUUGUAUUUAUAUGGUAUUGGCUUUUGAAUGGAAUUGACAUGAGUGGAUUUUUUUGUUACAUAAUUCUUAGUAGAUCUAAUCUCUCAAUGUUAAUCUCAAAGUGUACCAGGUUGAUGCAUAUAGCUGUUCAAAUUCCUUUUUUCUCUCAAAUCCUAGCAACGCCCCUGGACGUCUGCUGUUUAGUAAGACGUGGUUGGGCAGGAGGGAAAGUAUAUGUCACUUUGGUGGUGACAUGUUGUAGAUAAGCAACACACACACAGUGUUUCAAUCUUGUUAAACUCUACUACUGUACAGUUCGAUGGUCCAUGAAUAAGACCACACUUUCAGUUCUGUGCACUCUGUUUCUAUAUGUGUAUGGGUGUAAGCGUGUGUGUGCAGUGAGAGGUCACGGUCUCUAUAUCUGCUGGAAUGCUGGUCACAGAUAUGCCUGCAUAUGCUACAGGGCAAAUGUGGGGCCAUAUAAGAACUAGCAUUGGAAGGACAGCAGGAAUGCAAUGGAAGGAAGCCUCUUUGAAGCUUUACAGCAUGCCAACAAUCAGUGCAGUCAUUAACAAACUAGUUCCAGUUAAUUUUAGACACACUCCCAGACACCCAUGGGAUAAACUGUUUACACACACAAGCCCAUAGCUUGUCUUUAAGGUGUAGCAGUUUAUUUUAAGUAACAGCUGUUUAGUAUUAUGUUUUUGGCAUUGCUGUGUCACUUACACACCUUUUUAGUCCUAUGCUAAAUCUUUUUGCAGACCUAGGAACAUUUGUUUUCGAGGUCUAGCCUACACAGUAAUGUCCAGAGCAGUGGAACAUGUUUAUCCAGAAAUAUUGAAUGUGUGCCACAAAUGUUCUAUUUUUAUAUACAAAAACAUACUGUACUCCCCGGCCUUCACCUUAAGGCAAAGUUCAGAGAUUGAGGAAGUUGUGUACAACAUGUAUGUCCAGAAAGCAGGUUUGAAUGCUGCUAGAUAAAAAACGUUUAGAAAGUCUGGCCUUGUGUAUUGUGUAUCUCGGGUACCUGUUUGUUGGUACAUCAGAGGGAGUGAAAGCUGGGACACAUCAGGUGCCUGUCUACAGGGGCGUUUAUGAAUGUUGUUGAAGCGCCCCCUCUAAGGGGACAUUUUGAGGCCACUGAACCCCACAUAAAGAGAUUGCAGUACAGAUAUACAGUACCAGUCAAACGUUUGGACACACCUACUCAUUCAAGGGUUUUUCUUUAUUUUUACUAUUUUCUACAUUGUAGAAUAAUAGUGAAGACAUCCAAAAUAUGAAAUAACACAUAUGGAAUCUUGUAGUAACCAAAAAAGUGUUAAACAAAACAAAAUAUUUUAUAUUUGAGAUUCUUCAAAUAGCCACCCUUUGCCUUGAUGACAGCUUUGUACACUCUUGGAAUUCUCUCAACCAGCUUCACCUGGAAUGCUUUUCCAACAGUCUUGAAGGAGUUCCCACAUAUGCUGACCACUUGUUGGCUGUUUUUCCUUCACUCUGCCGUCCGACUCAUCCCAAACCAUCUCGAUUGGUUUGAGGUUGGGGGAUUGUGGAUGCCAGGUCAUCUGAUGCAGCACUCCAUCACUCUCCUUCUUGGUCAAAUAGCCCUUACACAGCCUGAAGGUGUCCUGUUGAAAAACAAAUGAUAGUCCCACUAAACCCAAACCAGAUGGGAUGGCGUAUCGCUGCCGAACGCUGUGGUAGCCAUGCUGGUUAAGUGUGCCUUGAAUUCUAAAUAAAUCAGACAGUGUCACCAGCAAAGCACCCCCACACCAUAACACCUCCUCCUCCAUGCUUUACGGUGGGAACGACACAUGCGGAGAGCAUCCGUUCACCCACACCGUGUCUCACAAAGACACAGCGGUUGUACUCCACCGGUCAAAUGUCCAUUGCUCAUGUUUCUUGGCACAAGCAGGUCUCUUCUUAUUAUUGGUGUCCUUUAGUUGUGGUUUCUUUGUAGCAAUUCAACCAUGAAGGACUGAUUCACACAGUUCCCUCUGAACAGUUGAUGUUGAGAUGUGUCUGUGACUUGAACUCUGCGAAGCAUUUAUUUGGGCUGUAACUUCCCGAGGCUGGUAACUAAUGAACUUAUCGUCUGCAGCAGAGGUAACUCUGGGUCUUCCAUUCCUGUGGCGGUCCUCAUGAGAGCCAGUUUCAUCAUAGCCCUUGAUGGUUUUUGCGACUGCACUUGAAGAAACUUUCAAAGUUCUUGAAAAUGUUCCGUAUUGACUGACCUUCAUGUCUUAAAGUAAUGGACUGUCGUUUCUCUUUGCUUAUUUGAGCUGUUCUUGCCAUAAUAUGGACUUGGUCUUUUACCAAAUAGGGCUAUCUUCUGUAUACCCCCCUACCUUGUCACAACACAACUGAUUGGCUCAAACGCAUUAAGAAGGAAAUAAAUUCCACAAAUUAACUUUUAACAAGGCACACCUGUUAAUUGAAAUGCAUUCCAGGUGACUACCUCAUGAAGCUGGUUGAGAGAAUGCCAAGAGUGUACAAGGCUGUCAUCAAGGCAAAGGGUGGCUAUUUGAAGAAUCUGUGGAUAUAGAUAAUUUUGUACCUGUUUCCUCCAGCAUCUUCACAAGGUCCUUUGCUGUUGUUCUGGGAUUGAUUUGCACUUUUCGCACCAAAGUACGUUCAUCUCUAGGAGACAGAACGCGUCUCCUUCCUGAGUGGUAUGACGGCUGCGUGGUCCCAUGGUGUUUAUACUUGCGUACUAUUGUGUGUACAGAUGAACGCGGUACCUUCAGGUGUUUGGAAAUUGCUCCCAAGGAUGAACCAGACUUGUGGAGGUCUACACAUUUUUUUCUGCGGUCUUGGCUGAUUUCUUUAGAUUUUCCCAUGAUGUCAAGCAAAGAGGCACUGUGUUUGAAGGUAGUUCUUGAAAUACAUCCACAGGUACACCUCCAACUGACUCAAAUAAUGUCAAUUAGCCUAUCAGAAGCUUCUAAAGCCAUGACAUCAUUUUCUGGAAUUUUCCAAGCUGUUUAAAGGCACAGUCAACUUAGUGUAUGUAAACUUCUGACCCACUGGAAUUGUGAUACAGUGAAUUAUAAGUGAAAUAAUCUGUCUGUAAACAAUUGUUGAAAACAUUACUUAUCAUGCACAAAGUAGAUGUCCUAACUGACUUGCCAAAACUAUAGUUUGUUAACAAGAAUUGUGUGGAGUGGUUGAAAAAUGAGUUUUAAUGACUCCAACCUAAGUGCAUGUAAACUUCCGACUUCAAAUGUAUAUACUGUAUAUUAAACCAGAAGAGAUAUAAUUGUGGAGCUCGACAAGUACAUGGAAUGACAGUGGAAACAUUCUCAGAUGAAGUACAAACAGAGCUUUAGAGAGAGAGAGAGAGAGAUAGAGAGAGUGGGAGAUGUGUGGAAGGUGUGAGGAGAAUGGCAUCAUGUUUCUGUAACGUCAUCUCAGAAUAGCCCAUUACGUAAAUAUAUCACACAAGUAAUACGAGCCAAUAUUUUUGGGAUAUGUAUGAUGACACUGAAAAAGGGUGAGGGGGAAACAGAAGAGGAUAGCCAGGAAAUACCAAUAGAUAAAAGGAGAGAGGAUAAUAUGAUGAGGUAAGGAGUACGGACUGAGAGAUUUAAGUGCUGACACAGAACAGGUCCUACUCUUUACUGAUAAGGUACAGAAACGGCUCCCCACUCAGUUUGAUAUAAGAGUUCAUCAUUCAUCCCUAAAAGCCUACACUCUCCAGCACACCAACAUAUCCCUGGUAUUUGUCUCUUUAACCUGCUGGCUUCUCACACUACCAUGGCCAUCUAAUCAAUCCCAGUUUCAAAUGGGCACAAUCAUUGGCUUUGAGACCCACCACAGUGAAAAUAGCUAGCUAAAUAAAUCCACUCCAUUAUCAGUCCAUGAUGUCAUCCACUGGUUAUUGCCUUGCAUUGUUAUUCUCUAACCCAUAUACAUAUAUAUUAAAAAAUAUAUUUAAAAAAAGAUCUAGCACAUAUGAAUCUGAUAGUUAAAGUACCAAUAGGAGGGAGCAUGACACUGCAACAGGGUUUGACUCCAAUAGUGCCAGGUUGCUGGGCAACCCCAUAAGAAAUCAUCACCUCUAACCCUUGACAUCCCUUACUCUCCCCCAGUCUGUCUCAGCAGGUGUGCCAUAGCUGCUUCCGUCGCCAGGCCAACCUGCACCGCUGUGCCCAGUGUAAGUUCGCCCACUACUGCGACCGCACCUGCCAGACUGCAUGCUGGGAUGAGCACAAACAGGAGUGUGCCGCCAUCAAGAAGUACGAAAAGGCCCCCAACGAGAAAGUACGGUAAGAAGGAGGCAAGGAGGGAGAGAGUGAAGGGAGGAUGAGGGAGAGGAGAAUGAGAGAGAGUGAAAGAAGAGAGGAGGUGUAGGAGGAAAAUGAAAGGGUAGAAUGGAGGGAUAGGGGAAGUGGAAGAAAUACUGGGGUGGGUUGUUGUCAAUGCCUUGGCAAGUUGCCUUUCAUGUAACCCUAUAAUGCUAAUGCUAACUCUCCCUGUUCCUCUCCAGUCUUGCUGCCCGUGUGCUGUGGCGCAUACAGAAGGACACAGGCAUCGUGUCGGACGGCCAGCUGACUUCAGUGGACCAGCUGGAGGACCACGUGGCCGACAUGCUCGCUGACGACCUCAAAGAGCUCAAGAUCAACGUGCAAAACUUCCUGGACUACUGUCCCAAAACCAGGCAUGGCAUGGAGUACAUCUCACACAUCUUUGGCAUAGUACGUAUCACUGAGUUAGUCAUCUUACCAUCCAGUUAUCUCAAACUUUGGCACAGUACAUACAAGAUCACUGGUUAAUCUAUUUUGACUAUAGUAUGUGUUAUUUUACACUCUAUGUACUGUGAGGUAUUGUCAUCAUUAACCUUGGUCACUCCCUCUCUAUGAUUCCCUCUCUCUCCACUUUGUUUCUGGCAUUCUCAUUCCAUCUGUCUCUCUCACUCUCUCUUUCUCCAUCCAUCUGUAGAUCAACUGUAAUGGCUUUACUCUGAGUGACCAGAGGGGUCUGCAGGCGGUGGGAGUGGGUCUGUUCCCUAACCUGUGUCUGGUCAACCACGACUGCUGGCCCAACUGUACUGUCAUCCUCAACCAUGGCAAGUAUGUAUCCCGAGAGAGAGAAAGAGAGAGAGAGCUUUAUAUGUGAUUUGUAAAAGUUUUGACUGCCAUCUUCUCUUCCAGUCAGUCAGCUCUGAACGCAGCCUACCACUCUAAGAGGAGGUGGGUCUGCCUGUCUGCUUUGAGCUAACGUCUAACCUUUGAACCUUGAACAUCCGAUCCUCAAAGAUCUCUUUAACACCUGUUAUAAACCUCUAUCACUGGAUGAUAGUGAGGAAGUAAACAGAACAAUCUGCAAUAUUAAAGCUGAUCUACCCCCUAAAAUUCUUUUUUCAAAAAGUAAACAGAACAACUGCACCAAAUUACACAGGCAUUCUAACCUUGACCGUAACAUUGAUAAUGUGAUUUUCCUUAUAUAUAUAUAUAUAUAUAUAUAUAUAUUUUCUUCUUUAGCAGUAGCCUACAGGACUAUUUUGCUCAUUGCACAAGAUCAAAACAGUAAUAAUCAUACGUCUCAAAUCUAACCCCUAGGAGGGAAAAACAGAAUAUUAUGAAACUCAACAAAUUGGGUCUGUCUAACUAAAAUGUAUAGCAUGGUUUGUUUAGCUCCCAGUAGAACUGAGUUUCUUUGUUGUGUGAAGUGUGUCUAUUGUGAGAGAUUGUGUUCAAUUUCAGUCAUCUACCUUUAAUAUUACUUCCAACAUCCCAUCAUAACAAGAAUGCAUUUUUAGACUUUUAGACUGCCUGAAUUGUGUUGGUGAUGACCUGGGAUGUGUUUUUGGUCAUCUAUCAGUGAAAAAUACCCAACUGCUUUGUUAGAACGUUGCUUCAAGUUGAGUGAAAUUGAAACCCCCACCGUCUCUGAGCUUGCAGCUGGGCUGUCAAUGUUUCUCUAAAGCUUAAUUUAUUGCUCAUCAGGAGCCAACAGUCCAAUAAGAUAUUGAACUCUGAACAAUCAAUAUAAUCUUCUCUGAACUUUGAGCAGCCAGGAUUAUCCAAUCAGUGGUUUGCUGACUGGCAAAUGAAGGUUUCACAGUUUCCUAUCUCCAAAAAGACCCAAAAUGCUGUCAGGUACUUGGCAAACUAUGUCAAUGCAAUAGCUUUCCUGCACUUUUGAUAUCAUAGCAAUUGAGAGGGAACAUUUGUAGGAGGGCUUGAACUGGCACAGCCCUAACAAGGAAAGCACACUACCACCUGUGCCACAAAGGUUCAGAGACCUCUACACUACCCCGUUACCCUCCCCUAUGGUUACUCCCAUGACAUCACACUACAGCAUCCCACUUAUCAACUGCUCUAGGGCCUGUUCUAUGGCCCAGCAUGUGACAUUUGAGCUCAGAAGCUGAUCCUAGAGCAGCUGUUACACUAAGGCCCAGGGCUAACCAUGCCGCCCUGCUCCCCCAGGAUCGAGCUGCGUGCGCUGGGUAAGAUUGCUGAGAACGAGGAGCUGACGGUUGGCUACGUGGACUUCCUGAACGUGUCGACAGACCGCCAGCGCGCCCUGAAGCACCAGUACCACUUUGACUGCACCUGUAAAAGCUGCAGCGAGCACCUCAAGGAUGACCUAAAGAUGGCUGCCAAGGAGACCGACGGCAACAAGGUGGGGAAAGUACUGACGGGUUAAGGGCAGGGUUGGUGUCAAUGAAUUCCAUUCCAAACAGUGGGGUUCUGGGUCCCUGGACCCUGCCAUACCCAGACUCACAUUGGGCACCUCUCAGCUGAUGCAUCAGAAGCACGUUUUAAAAUGAUCAUACCUCUGAGGGGCCAGGGGCCUACAACACUUCAUCCUAGUUACUAUUCAGUUGAGUAAAGUUCCAUGCUUCCCCGCUCCCUUAAAAGAGCUCAACUUAAUCGUGCCUCACAUGAUCCCCACCCUAAAUAUCAGCUGAGACCAUAGAACAAAAUACAUGUAGCAGUUGAUAAGAAAUCAAGUUAUUCUGGUUUCAGCUGUGAUCUGGUCACCUGAUGCUGAAUUCCAAUUGAUUGUCUGAGACAUCGCUAAAUACUAUGACUAACUCUAUCAGCGCUUGACCAUGUCUUUAGACAGGUCAAUGCCAUGGACCUGGAUAUACGUUACAUAAGUAUCUAUGUACAGGAAUUGACUACUUACUGGACCAUCAACACGUUACGCAACAUUUCCUUCAAUGAAACACUGAGUUGUGGAUCUAUGCAGUAGUACAUUUUGGUCAUGAGCUCUUUCUGUCAAUGAUCAGGAGUGAGUGUUCCCCAAUAGUCCUACACUGACACUUGUUUACUCUAUUCUCUCAGCCCUCUGAUGAGCUGGUGAAGUUGGUACAGGAGUUCAGUUUAGAGUGCCUGGCCAAGGUUGAGGCAGCUCGCACUGCGGGAGACUUCCAUGAGGUAACAAUCCCAUCCUUUACGAACGGCAUUGGAGCGUGAUAAUACCUGCCUUUCACUGGCCCAUAAUUCACUCACCAUCUCAUUAAACCCUCCAAAUUCCCCCUCCACAGGUGGUGCAGCUGUGUCGUGAGUGUCUACACAAACAGGAGCCUGUGUUGGCCAAUACACACCUGUACCACCUGCGUAUGCUGAGUGCAGCCAGUGAGGCGCUGUCCUACCUGCAGUUCUUCUCAGAGGCUGCAGAAUAUACAGGCAUACUGGUGGAGGGAUACAUGUGAGUGAUGGGAAAGGGUGGAUGAGACCAAUAAGGGGCCAUAAGAUUAGCAUGUCUACAUCAUUGAAGUCCCAUAUCUUUAUCUUUAACCCCCCGAGCAGGAAGUUGUACCACCCCAAUAACGCCCAGUUGGGCAUGGCCACCAUGCGGGCUGGCGUGACCCACUGGCACGCAGGGCUCAUCGAGGUUGGCCAUGGCAUGAUCUGCAAGGCCUACGCCAUCCUCAUGGUCACCCACGGACCCAACCACCCCAUCACCAAGGACCUUGAGGUACAGGAGUAGGUUACUGAAUAUCUUUAGGUCAAUUAACCGUUGGAAUUGCAUAAGGUAGCCCUGUUCAGUAGGGCGCAAUAUUAAAUAGAAAUGUGUGGAACGAAGAUGGUCAGGUAGUUUUAGCUCAUUUACUACCAGACUUUUGACCCAACCUUAUGUUUCCUAGUCAAUGCGUAUGCAGACUGAGAUGGAGCUGAGGAUGUUCAAGCAGAAUGAGCAUGGCUACCACCGCAUGAGAGAGGCUGCCCUGCAGAACAAGCCCAUGGGCAUGGCUGAGGCAGUCAGUGUUGAGGACAACGUCAUCCAUAAGCAAUGAGCUUCUGUUGUCUCACCUGCAUUUCAAUGGUAUGAAAUUAGUCAGCAAAUCAACCCC